AAAUAUGUCUUUUCCGACUUCCGCGCGUUCUCUCGUACUUCAGAAGUAUGUUGACUCCGACGCAGAUCUCGCGUCCACUAUUUCUUCGCACUUCACUGUGAAGGAUGUUCCGCUUCCAAACCCCCUCCCAGACGACUCGCUGCUUGUGCAAACGCUGUAUUUAUCUAACGAUCCUGCUCAGAGACUUUGGAUGCACAAACCUAAUGAGCAGUCUGGAGCACGUACUGAUAUGGUAUCGAUAAAGCUUGGUGAUCCGUUCCAGGCAUUUUCCUUGUCUCGUGUCAUCCAGGUUGGCGGGAACAGUGGGUCCAUCAAGGUUGGAGAUAUCGUCGAAUGUCGGUCAACUUGGGCAGACUAUUCUGUUGUGAAGAAAGAUGCCGUGUCCGUCAAAAAGGAAGUUCCUGGAGUCAGUCUAAGCUCAUUUCUUGGAACCCUCGGAAUAUCCGGAGCAACAGCAUACAUGGCUUUGCAGAACUUAUUAAAGCCCAAACCAGGCGAUACGCUCGUUGUAAGUGGUGCUGCAGGGGCUGUCGGGAACGUAGCCGUUCAAUACGCCAAGAAAGUUCUGGGAGUAAAGCGUGUUGUCGCCAUCGCAGGUUCUGACGAGAAAUGCCAGUGGCUGAAGAGCAUAGGAGCCGACGAAGCAAUCAAUUAUAAAAGGCCGACGUUUGUUGAAGACCUCAUUAAGGCAACACCGGAUAGGGUUGACUCAUCCUUCGAUAAUGUUGGCGGUAACAUUCUCGAUGAGGUAUUGACUCGCAUGAACCCUAAAGGAAUAAUCGCAGCAGUCGGCGCGAUAUCUACUUACAACGAUCUGGACCAUCCGAUGACCAUCAAAAACUACGUGAAGGUCGUUACAGAUCGGGUGACGAUUUCAGGCUAUUCGGUGAUAGAUUACUGGGAUCGAAUGCCUGAGGCAAUUGAGGCUUUGACCAGUGCAGUCGUCUCCGGCAAACUGAUCACAGAUGGCGCAGAGACAGUUGUGGAUAUUCACGACCGACUUGAGGAGAUCCCUCGUGUCUGGGCGGGUCUGUUCUCAGGAGCCAACACCGGCAAGUUGAUUACAAAAUUAGCAGAUUAGAGAAGGUCGGAACAAAUAGAAGUGUCAUCGACAGGUUAAGAAGACUGGAUAUCUAGUGUUGAAGUACG